GUCUCUAAGUUUGGCUGGUUUUGAUUCAUUCACACAAAGGAAGAACAAAUGGAAGGAGAUAUAUUUUCAGGAACGGGAAAUGAAUCACAAUUAGGAGUAGACGGGAAACUAAUACAGACAUUUCAAAAGAGCUUUGUACAAGUCCAAAAAAUUUUGGACCAAAAUCGGGUUCUGAUCAACGAGAUCAAUCAGAAUCAAGAAUCUAAAUUACCUGUUAACUUGACAAGAAAUGUGGGUUUAAUCAGAGAGCUGAACAACAACGUUAAAAGGGUGGUUGAUCUUUAUGGCGAUCUUUCAAACUCUUUUGGCAAAUCGAUGGAUGCAUCAUCUGAAGCAGAAUCAGGCGGCACAACUAGAUCUGAUGGCAAAAAGAGAGGGAGGUCUGGCUAAACGAAAUGCGUUUUCUGUAAGUCUUUUAUUACGAUGAUUCAUCCCUGAUCUUUACCAUCUUUUGUUAGGUUUCAUAAUUGGCGAUUCAAGCUACUAAAUGUCACAACCCGUGUUGUAAUUUUUGUUUAAAAACGUCUCUUCGUUAGUUCUUUCACAUGAUUUAAGCAUGUUUUCUUUCUUUUUUAUUAAUUUUAGUUUCAUGGAUUUCAAAUGAUCCCGACAAAAUCUUGAUAAAUGCAGUGGGGUUUGGUUAAUCAUCCAUGUAAUUUGUUUCUGUAAUAAUACUUGUUUCUUUCUAAA